CGCGUCUCGCUGGAGUCUUCUCUAAGCUCUAUCUCUCUUCGGUUUCUAGAUCUGUUCUCUGUCUGCGCGCGCGCGCGCGCUCUGGGUUGCUUCGUCUUUGCGUCUGUCUGUCACGAGAGGAUUAGAGCGGAGGUCGACAUGGUGUAUACGCUCUCGGGGAUUCGAUUCCCCUGUGCACCGUCCGUGUGUAAGUCCUCUCCCUCCGGCUUCAAUGGCGAUCGCAGGAGCUCCGGCGUCUCGCUCUUGCUGAACAACAAGGCCUCGCUCUCACGGAAGAUAUUCGCUGGAAAGUCUUCUUAUGAUUCUGACACCUCAUCCUUAUCCUUAGCUGCAUCUGAGAGAGUCCUCGUUCCCGGUGGCUACAGUGAUGUCCCUACUUCAUCAACAGAUCAAGUUGAAACUUCAGGAGCUGUUGCUGAUUCCCAGAUGAUUCAUGAUUCCAAUGAUUUGACCAUGGAAGCUGAAGAGGAGAUUGAGGUGAAAGAGAAGCAAGAUUCGGUUUCUUCGUCAGUUAUAGGCGAUGGAGAUGCUUCUGACGAAGAGGAAUCUGCUCCCUUGCAAGAUACUGCAGUAAUUGAGAAAGAGGAAGUAAAGAAAAGGACAUUCCCUCCGCCUGGCUCUGGCCAAAGAAUAUAUGAAAUAGACUCACUUUUGAUGCGUUAUCGUGAGCAUCUUGACUACCGUUUUGGACAAUAUAAAAAAAUGCGCGAAGCAAUUGACAAAUAUGAAGGUGGACUGGAGGCAUUCUCUCGGGGUUAUGAAAAGUUUGGCUUCACUCGCAGUGCUGAUGGCAUAACAUAUAGGGAGUGGGCACCUGGAGCGAAGUGGGCAGCAUUGAUUGGAGAUUUUAACAAUUGGAAUCCAAACGCAGAUGUUAUGACUCGGAAUGAAUUUGGCGUCUGGGAGAUCUUUUUGCCUAACAAUGCAGAUGGUUCCCCAGCAAUUCCUCAUGGUUCUCGAGUAAAGAUUCGUAUGGAUACACCGUCUGGCCUUAAAGAUUCAAUUCCUGCUUGGAUCAAGUUCUCUGUACAAGCUCCCGGUGAAAUUCCAUAUGAUGGGAUAUACUAUGAUCCCCCAGAUGAGAUGAAGUAUGUUUUCAAGCACCCCGGACCAAAGAGGCCGAAUUCACUUAGGAUCUAUGAAUCACAUGUUGGAAUGAGCAGCACGGAGCCAGUAAUUAAUACUUAUGCCAACUUCAGAGAUGAAGUUCUUCCUCGUAUUAAAAGACUUGGUUACAAUGCAGUUCAGAUCAUGGCGAUUCAAGAACAUUCAUAUUAUGCAAGUUUUGGGUAUCAUGUCACAAACUUCUUUGCUCCUAGCAGCCGUUUUGGAACCCCUGAUGAUCUCAAAUCUCUAAUAGAUAAAGCCCAUGAGCUGGAUCUCCUUGUUCUCAUGGACAUUGUCCACAGCCAUGCAUCAAAUAAUGUGUUAGAUGGGUUGAACAUGUUUGAUGGAACAGAUAGUCACUAUUUCCACUCUGGGUCACAAGGUUAUCAUUGGAUGUGGGAUUCUCGCCUUUUCAAUUAUGGAAGCUGGGAGGUAUUGAGGUAUCUCCUUUCAAAUGCAAGAUGGUGGCUUGAGGAAUACAGAUUUGAUGGUUUUAGGUUUGACGGCGUGACAUCAAUGAUGUAUACUCACCAUGGUUUGCAGGUUGGAUUUACUGGAAAUUACAAUGAGUACUUUGGAUUUGCCACUGAUGUGGAUGCUGUGGUUUAUCUGAUGCUUGCGAAUGAUCUCAUUCAUGGGCUUUUCCCCGAGGCUAUUACUAUUGGAGAAGAUGUCAGUGGAAUGCCAACUUUUUGCAUUCCUGUCCAGGAUGGGGGUGUGGGAUUCGAUUAUCGCUUGCAUAUGGCAAUAGCUGAUAAAUGGAUUGAAAUUCUCAAAAAGAGAGAUGAAGACUGGAGAAUGGGUGAAAUUAUUGACACGCUUACCAACAGAAGGUGGUUGGAAAAGUGUGUUGCCUAUGCAGAGAGUCAUGAUCAAGCUUUGGUUGGUGAUAAAACCAUUGCUUUCUGGUUGAUGGACAAGGAUAUGUACGAUUUCAUGGCACUGGAUAGACCAUCAACUCCUGUUAUAGAUCGUGGAAUAGCGUUACACAAGAUGAUCAGGCUCACUACUAUGGGAUUAGGGGGGGAGGGAUAUUUAAAUUUCAUGGGAAAUGAAUUUGGACAUCCUGAAUGGAUCGACUUUCCAAGGGAAGGGAACGGUUUCAGUUAUGAUAAAUGCCGGCGAAGAUUUGAUCUUGGAGAUGCUGAUUAUCUAAAAUACCGGGGACUGCAAGAAUUUGAUAAGACGAUGCAGCAUGUCGAAGAAGCUUAUGGCUUCAUGACUUCUGAGCAUCGAUACAUAUCCAGGAAAGAUGAAGGAGACAGGAUCAUUGUCUUUGAAAGGGGAAACCUUGUGUUUGUCUUUAAUUUUCAUUGGAAUAAUAGCUACACGGACUACCGUGUAGGCUGCUUGAAGCCUGGAAAGUAUGAGAUCGUCUUAAAUUCAGAUGAUGCCUUGUUUGGAGGGUAUACUAGGAUUGAGCCCUCCGCGGAGUUCUUCACCUUUGAAGGGUGGUAUGAUGACCGACCCAGGUCCUUCCUGGUGUAUGCGCCUUCCAGGACCGCUGUAGUCUACGCCCUCGCAGAGGCUGAGCAACUACCUGUCAAAGACUCGGCCGAAUCUUGAAAUGCUUCAGUCUGACGUACUACUGACGUGUACAUGGGCCAGUCCCAUGCAAAGUGCACCCGGGCAAAAAGAGAUGCAGGAGCCCUUGGAGUCAUGGCGUCACAGGUCCACCAUCCCAGAGACGAGGAAACUAGACGACCGCUGAAUGGACUGUGAUAUAUUUUUCGAGCUUAUGCACGGCAUCGUCGACAGACAUCCUUUUUGUAAAGUAUGUGGGAAGUAUUUAGUGCAAAAGCAGAUGACCAGUGCUUGAUAUACGCAAGGGAUUUGUUUAUGGGAUAGAGAUUAAUUAUGU